ACCACAAGCACACGUAAGACAUAAAUUAACAACCACCGUGAUCUCACCCUGUCCUCAGAGGAAAUCAUAGACUGUUACCAAGUCAGUUACAGACACGAACACAAAUUAUAUUCUAUCCAUUUGACACAUCUGAUGCAUAUAAAACCGUCAUUAACCGCCCAACCGUUUCAAAUUUUCAGAUCAAUUCAUGCACUAUGUAUAAAACCUUCCAUCCAAAUCCACCAUUCCAAUUCCUUACACACAUGAAUAUGGAUCUAAAUGAACAACAAAUUGGCAUCAAAGUGUACAACAACAAUGCAACUCCAGCACCCGAACAUGAAACACUGAACCCCUCUUCCAUCCCUCCUCAACCCAAGAAACGUCGUGCCCUAACCUCUCUCCUCACCUUCGAGAUGGUCCUCCCUUCCAUCUACAUGAAUGGCCAGUGUGCACCCACCCUCAUGAUCCACUUCCUCCUCUUCGUCUGUGCCCUCUCCUGCUUCUUCUUCCACUUCACCGACAGCUUCCACGGCCCUGCCAGUGCCAUCUACUAUGGCUUCGUCACCCCGUCGUGGCCUUCUCGGAUGAUGGAAGGUUCAAGGUCAGGUUCACCGACUUUGUCCACACAGUCAUGUUAGUGAUGGUGUUCGUGGCCAUUUCUAUUUCGGAUUAUAGGGUCACCAAUUG